AUCACAAAUAUAAAUGUGUAAUCAUUUUUUGUGUGAAUAUGGUAAUGUAGUUUGUCCAUGGUCACUCUCUUACAAACUCGUUUAAAUCAGUGCCAAAUUGACAAUGGCUUCUAGAGUCAUUUUAUUUUUUAUUAUCAUUGCCGUGGCCGCUGGGUGCGCGUCUUCACUAGGAGGGGACACGCUCACGGACGUGCUAAACAUCACAGCGGUAGGUAAGCAGCCGGGUAUUUGCUCGAAAUGUAUAUGCAAGGAUGGUAAAGUGGAUUGCUCCAGCAAAGGGCUGACCAAGUUCUUCCCACAGCACAAAUGGGCAGCUUUGAAAAACUUCAGGCCUACAAUAGUAGACAUGAGCAACAACUCCUUUGAGAGGAUCACUCUCAUGGCGGAGCUCCCCAUAGAGGUCUUAAACCUAUCCAGAUGCGGCAUACAGGCUGUAGAGUUCGCUGCAUUUCGACCCCUGCGGAACAUGAGGGUUUUAGAUCUGAGCCACAAUAAAUUAAGAUACACGCCAGAGCUAAUCUAUAUGGACGUCCUGAAUCUUGCCUACAACGACCUGCACACCUUGUUUGAUAUGGGCGUGUUCAUUAAAUUAAAGCAGCUGACAGAGUUGGAUUUGAGCGGCAAUCCUUUGGAGAACACUGAGCUUAGAGUUUUUGACUCAGGAUGGGGGAGUACGUUGAAGAUUCUGCGUUUACGGUCGUGCCAACUAACAAAGAUACCUAGAUAUUUCCUGGGCCAUUUCGUGAACCUGGAACGUCUGGACCUGAGCGACAACCACCUGACCCGCAUUCCCGAAGAUUUGAACAAGGUGGAAAACCUUCUAUACUUAAACCUCAACCAGAAUCCCAUCAGAGAGCUGAACAUCGACACUGUGGUCUACUGGACCAUCAGGGGGUUAGCCUACAUACUUUUGAAGCUGAAGGAACUGCAUUUAAGCAACAUGCCAAUCUUGACGGAGAUUGGUCCGGGAGCGCUGGGAUAUCUAGAGAGCCUGGAGAAACUGCAUUUGAGUUUCAACCCUCAGUUGAGGCACAUAAGUGCUACAGCUCUAACGCGCCCUGCAAAAAAUGGGGAGGACUUAGUGGGGCCUAUGGUGAAAGAGCUGUACAUGAAGUCCAACGCUCUCUCCAAGGUGUAUCCUCAACUGUUGUCCCGAUGGGACCUGCUUACCGCCAUAGAUGUGUCCGGCAACCCGUUCAGAUGCGACUGUGAAACCCAGUGGAUGGUAGACGUUUUGGUGCCUAUCGUCGAUAAACUCAAACCGAACGCGUCUGAGGCUAUGGUUUGUUCAGAGCCCGAGCAGAUGAGAGGUUUCACCAUGAGGUACGUGCAUGAGGUCAAUCGUACUAUGCGCUGCGUGUACGCGUCUAAUAAGAACGGCGCUGUUGUGAUAAAGUCUCUUAUUGGUGCAUUGCUUGCUGUUCCCAUUAUGGCCGCUGUGAUUUUAUUGUUGAAAUGUGGAAUUUUAGCUUUGAAGAGAGCAACCAAUAGUGACCAAUAGGACAGUUGAGAGAGUGCUGGUGUCGUGUAAAUACCUGUAAAUACCUAUAUAAAAGAGUGAAGAGAAUAAUAAGAUAGGUACCUAGCGUUUAUAAGGCAUAAAUUUAGUGAUGUAACUUUUUCAAUAAAAUUAAUUUGUAUUUAUUUUUUGUA